GCGACCAGCUGGGGGCGCUGCUGCGUCGGGAGGCAGCGGAAGUGUCUCCCACGUGGAGGAUGUUUGAAUGUUUUCAUCGCGUGAGUUUAACGCGUGAUGAAAACUGUUCUAAUUAAUCAUUUUACACUUGUAUAAUGAGAGCAAGUGCUUUUUCUGUUGCGCUGACGUCAUGCCAACGACAAACAGAAAGAAACACGGGACAGACACCGCUGUUCAGGGCACCAACGACAGCAGCGUGGUGAGCAAGGCUUCCGCCGCAGCACAGGGUUACUUCCAGGACGCCUUCCUCCAACACUUCGUCUGCAAAGUGGCGAGAAGGGCCCCGCUCAUCAACAGGGGAUACUACGUGCGCUGGAGAGCGGUGGAUCACUGUGUCAGGAGGUUUCUGCACGCGACUGAAAGCUGCACGCAGAGACAGAUUGUGUCUUUGGGCGCGGGCUUCGACUCUUUGUAUUUUCGCCUGCGUGCGGACGGAGCUCUUCAGAGGGCUGUCGUGUUUGAGGUGGAUUUCCCAGAUGUGGCUCAGCGCAAGACAGCCCUGAUUCACUCCAAGCUCACGCUGAGGGAGAUGUUAGACUCACAUCCAGCUUCUGAUGCAGUUCCUGUACACGUGUCCAGCAGUCAAUACUGCCUGUUGGGAGUGGACGUUAGAGAGGAAUCCCAGCUGGAGGAGGCUCUGGGUGCAGCAGGGCUGAACUGGGCAGCACCAACUCUAAUUCUGUCUGAAGUAGUUCUCACAUACAUGGAAACACAAAGGUCCGAUGCUGUCAUCAGAUGGGCAGCAAAGAUUCUGCCCCAUUCACUCUUCAUCAUGUACGAGCAGAUUCAUCCCCUCGAUCCUUUUGGUCAGAUUAUGCAAGAUCACUUCCUGAAAUGUAAUUCAACGCUGCACGCUCUCCGACAGUACCCAGACACGGCAGCACAGAGACGCAGGUUCCUGGAUCAGGGCUGGGAGCAGUGCGUGUGUCUGGAUGUGAAUGACUUCUACCUGGGGCUGAUUCCUGAAGACGAGCGAUGCAGGGUGGAGAACCUGGAGCCUUUUGACGAAUAUGAGGAGUGGCACCAGAAGUGUUCGCACUACUUCAUCUUGGCUGCGUCUCGAGGUUCUUGUGUGGCUCAGGCUUUACUCCCACAUGAUGCAGUUCUACCCAUGAGCCCGUCUUGGAGUCCCACGGCCCUGGAGGUGAAGGCUGUGCCGGCCUGUGUGGAGGGACUGGCCAUGGCUUCCACCCUAACCAGCUCAGGGCAGGUGCUGCUAACAGGAGGCUGCAGCAGAGGAGGCAGGAGGACGGUGACUAGGGCCCUGGUCAGGGGCCAGCAGGGCUGGAGAGCCGUCAGCGUGCACACGUCUGCAGAUCUAGGUGUGAGGCUCUACCACACCGCCACCUGUCUGUCUGAAGGAAGGGCAGUGGUGUACGGAGGCCGCUCGUCUCCACUCAGCCCGGUCAAAGAGCUUGUUACAGCAACCAUUGGUCCGACUGGAGCCGAGGACUCGGUGGAGACAGUUAAACUCCAUGUGGAGCAGGUGGUGAGCACUGGUGAUGCACCGCGGCAGAGGUGGAGGCACACCGCCUCAGUCGUCCGUCACAAAGGCAGAAACUUUCUCUUUGUGUUUGGAGGAAAGAACGAGUCACAGGCAGCUCUGGGUGACGGCCACUUCCUGUGUUUAGACCGCUGGCACUGGACCGAGAUGCCCGUUGAGGGGGCGGCGCCAGAGGCCCGACAUUCCCACUCAGCGUGCUCGUAUCGGGCGGGCGUGGUGGUGUUUGGAGGACUGGACGGAAGAGGAGUCCCGCUGGGGGAUGCGCUCGUCUUAAGGCCGAGCCAGAGAGGCUUCUGCUGGGAAAGGCUGGAGGUGCAGCCCCCUCCUGUUCCCAGAUACUCUCAUGCUGCCCAUGCGUUCGGUGACAGGCUGGUUGUGGUGGGAGGGGUCUGGCUGCAUGCGGAAGCUGUGCCGGGUGUUGUUGUGAUUGACCUCACCACACGCAGCAGCGCGGAGUUCCGACUGGACACGACGUCGGUGCCUUGGCCGCUGAUGCUCCACUCCUUCUGCUCUGAGCUGACAGACUCGCAGCAGCUCCUCCUGAUCGGUGGGGGAGGCAACUGUUUUUCUUUCGGGACUCACUUCAACCGUCAGCCUGUCACCGUGGACCUCAGACCUGCGCUGAGAUGAAGCGCCUCCAUGGCUCAGAUGUCUUGGAACCAAAGGACAAAUAUGAAACGAUGAGAGUUUGGUUUCUGAUGAAAGCUCCAGACGGGGGAUUAUUAUUAUUAUUGAACCCAAAUGUCUUAACUGUAUGUUCAGAAGACAUUAAAGACUAAAAAAUCAUCCUCAA